UUUUUCAUUCCUGGCGAAAAAUGAUUUCAAAGCAGACGCAUCACUGUAUCGCAUUCGUGUGUUGGAUACGGUUACAUAUUUAGUGUGUCUCUCUAUCAAUCGCUAUUCAGGAAUCAACGACAACGACAAAAAAAAAAGAAAAAGAAACGUAUCGGAUUUAACGAUUAUUUUUCAAAUUUAUUAAGCAUCCACGACAGCUUUGUCGUUUUUCUUUCAUUAUUUUUCGUCCUUUCAAUUAUAAUUUAUACAACUUUAGCUGUGAAAUAUCGUGAUUAAAGUAUUUAAAACAAAAAGUAAACGAACCAAUAUAAACAAGUGAGGCAAUAAAGAAAAAAGGACACAAAAGAAGAAGAAGAAGAAGAAAAAAAAGAGAGAAAUCAUGUAAAAUUCAUAUCUUGAACGAUUUGUGAAUAUGAUACAUUUCAAUUGUGUGAAUAAGAAUAAUGCUUGAAAUUUUUGUAUUUUAAACAUUCGUUUUAUCAACUCGUCGUUGUGUGAAUAAAAAUAAUCGAAAAAACCAAUCAGAAUUAUUUAAAAAAAAAAGAGAAGAAGUUAAAAAUGGCCAAAGUACUCGACAAUCAGGAUAAUGAAACAAAUGCAAUAUACCCAAAACUAGGCACAACUGUUGUUUCAUCCAUUAAAUCAAACGUUCCACAAUCAAAUGUACAACAACAAUCACCACUAUUAUCAUCAUCACAACAAACACAAUCAUGUGUUCUGCAACAAACAACAGUUAGUGUUCAUCGUAACGGACACAGCCGUAAUCCGUCUUCAAUAAAUGGCAUUACAAUUGCAACGCAAGUCAUUCAGCCACCGCCAAAUAAGCCCGAUGCAAUCAACAAUCUAUUGAAAUUUAUUCGAUUUCGUAGUAGCUACAAUGAACGCGAUGAAAAAUCAAAAAACCGUCAAAAGUGCGGCAUACGCGAAGCACGUCUAUUCAUGAUGUUCAUCCUUAUUGUGGUAUUUUUAAUCAGCGGAGCUGUGUUUUUCGUAAUGUGGUUCACAGAGCUCUAUAACGAUAAAAUUAUAGCUUCUUUAAUUUUAGCAAAAAAUUCAACUGCCUUACAUUAUUUUAUCAAUCCGCCGUUGAAUCCGCUGUUACGAGUUCAUAUAUUCAACUAUACGAAUACUGAUCGAUUUUUAAGUGGAGCCGAUAAAAAAUUGAUUGUAGAAGAUGUUGGCCCAUUUGUUUACACGGAAAGGACACAAAAAGUUGAAGUUCAAUACAAUGACAAUAAUACUAUUUCUUACCGGGAACAUCGAUCAUUUGAAUUUCAACCAUCAUUAUCAGCAGCACACAAGCUAGAUACGGUUAUUGUGCCAAAUAUACCAUUGAUUACAACUUCAUGGGAGCUAUCAAAGAGUUUUUGGUUGGCCACUGGAUUCUCUGUUUCUACAUAUAUGGUGGACAAAUUUCCAUUUGUGAAAUUGAAAGCCGAUUCAUUUUUAUGGGGAUAUACCGACCCUUUAUAUGAUGCAUUGCGAACGUUAUCAUUUGGAAAGAAGCUAAAACCAAUGUUCGGCAUAUUGAUGACUAGAAAUGGUACCAGCGAAGAAACGUUUACAGUGAAUACCGGCGUGGAUGACAUUCGAAAAUUAAAUAUCAUCGAUAAUUUUAAUGGAAAACCGAACAUGAGUUUCUGGUCAACCGAUGAAUGUAAUCGCGUCGAUGGUACGGAUGGUUCCCAGUUUCCGCCUCAUUUAUUGGAUAAAACGCAUACAUUGGAAGUAUUUAUAAAAGCAUUUUGUCGGAAAUUUCCAAUGGUUUACGAUUCCGAAGUGAGCUUAUUUAAUGGUGUGCCAGCAUAUCGAUACAUAGCACCACGAAAUGUUUUCGAUAAUCCCGAUAAAAAUCCCGAAAAUAGUUGCUAUUGUGACAUCGGUUCGGGUCAAUGUGCACCAAGCGGUGUGUUCAAUGCAACACUAUGUUUUAGUGCACCAAUCUAUACAUCGUUUCCACAUUUUUUGUACGGCGAUGACAAACUAUUCGAAAAUAUCCAAGGACUAUCACCAAAUGAAGAAGAACAUUUAACUUAUGCCGAUGUGCAUCCACGAUUGGCCUUUCCAAUGGCCGGUUCAUCACGGUUUCAAAUAAAUAUUCAAGUUUUUAAGGGAAGAGAUGAAUUGCGUAGAUUCCAAGAGGGACAAAUUUUGCCGAUCAUAUGGAUGGAAAUUACGUCGGACAAUGUACCCGAAGAAUUGCAAUCAAUCAUCUAUCACAGCACGCUCAGUGCAAAUGCCAUUCAAUUAUCACUGCGGUAUGGAUCGCUAUUCGGUUUGGCCGUUAGUAUAACACUGCUUGUGACCGGUUGCUAUUUAAAAAGUAACGAUGGUGAUCAAAUAGUACGAACCAAAGGCAUUAAAAAUAUAAAACAAGCACCCGGCACAUUUACCAUCGAAGAAUUAGUUACAAUCGAUUUGAAUGAUCCGUCACUAACACACACCGAAUCAAACAAAAAAGAAACUAACUUAGGUUUAUUGUAAAAAUAAAAACAACAAAACAAUCACUACAAA